UUCCAGUUUCCACUUCUAAUGUUGAUGGUCUUGAAAGUGCAUUUGGAUCCAAGACAUUGUCUACCACUGAGCAAAUCAAGAGCCUCCUCUCCUAUCUCAGAGCAAUACAGACAGCUUAAUAUCAUAUGACCUCAUUUCUCCAAAUUAAAUGAAAAAAGAAUUUUCUCUAGCUUUCCAUGAAGCUCAGCUAUUGCCUGUUAAUUUUGACUGUUAGUGCUGAUCUUUCAAUUGGAUUUACACUGGAAAAUGUAGCUUUUAACGGGACAGUUGCUUUUGGGUCUUCCAAUGCAUCACUUCAUACAGUGUCUCAAGCUUUAGUAAGUUCUCCAGCACACCAUGAUAUCAUAGCCAAAGAGGGGACCAGUAUUUUAAUUGAAUGUAAACUGAACAUCAGCCAGUAUGAAUAUAUUCUUUGGUAUAACUCCAGAGGACACCUGCUUGAACAGAAAGAUGAAGGUGGCCGGUGGAGGAUUGCUGAUAAUUCCCUUAACAUCACAAAGGUCAACUUUGCUGACCGGGGGCGAUACACAUGUGCAGGCGUUAAUCGUAAUGACACCUUGUAUUACACAGUCACCCUGAGGGUUAUCUUCACCUCAGGAGACAUGAGUAUCUACUACAUGAUUGUGUGCCUCGUUGCCUUUGCUAUCACCCUCAUUUUAAACAUAACCCGUCUGUGCAUGAUGAGCAGUCACCUCCGCAAAACAGAGAAGGCUAUCAAUGAGUUCUUCAGGACGGAAGGGGCUGAGAAGCUUCAGAAGGCUUUUGAGAUAGCCAAGCGUAUCCCUAUCAUUACAUCUGCGAAAACACUAGAGUUGGCCAAAGUCACUCAGUUUAAGACCAUGGAGUUUGCUCGGUACAUUGAAGAGCUUGCCAGAAGCAUUCCCCUUCCACCUCUGAUCCUUAACUGCAGGGCGUUCAUGGAGGAGAUCUUUGAGGCUGUGCGAGUUGACGAUCCCGAUGAAGUUGGUGAGGAGGAAAAACAGACCCAAGCCUGCGGUACCCAAGCUGCAAUAUACCCCAUCAACCCAGAGAUCAAGCGCAGCGAUUCACCAGCCGGGGAUUCAGACGAUGGGUCCAUGAAUGAGCAAGGUCAAGAGAUAGCUGUUCAGGUGUCCAUUCACCCGCAGUCAGAAGUGCAGAGCAUUGACACUGUUUCUCACGACAGCUGCCAUUUUGCGCCUUCUGAGGAAGGCACCUGCUGAGUCCAGCGAUACGCUAUUGUGAAGGAAGCACAGGUGACCCUAGGAUACUGCGAGAAAGGGGUCUGCAAACAAGCUGCCUCAGUCCCACAUGCACAAGAGUUUUCCAAAUUGCAAGGUGCCAGAACUGCUACUGAAAUCUCUAUUUUCCGUCAGUGUUGAUCUAACGAUUUCAAGUCUGUUAGAGAAGGCCAUUUGGAAUAUUGUGCAGUGGCUUUUCUUUUUAAAGCAAGCUUGCUAUACUUAAAAUAUUUACAAAACAGGAGUUCUUUGUCCUUGACUCCUUGGUAGCUUCUGAUACUUCUGAUCUGUAUUAGAAGUGGCCAAGCUGAGCAGUACAACUUGCAAUAAGAUCUUUUUCUUUGUGAACUCUUUCUUCCUUCACAAAGUGGAGCCAGAAUUCCUUUGAGUCAGUGUUGAUGUCCUGAUGAAUUGAGUUAUGUGCUUUUUUUGAAUUGCCUCUUGGUGCGUGUAGCCCAUCAGAACCAUGGUGAGCUUGAACAAAUCUGUUUUGUGUCGUGUGCUUCUAUGUUGCUAUCAAAAUGUACUGUACUUAGGAAAAGAAUAGUACCAGGAUCAGCUGCUGGAUUAAACGAAUUGUUGUAGUUUCAAAGCAGCUUAGAGAACAACCAGGGGGUCUCAGUUUUCCAUGCAUCUGCAGAAAACUUGUGCGUACCCUAGUGCGUGGAAAGAGAAUUGUUACAAAGCUUGUCGCUUAAACUUGGUGCUGAUUGCCAAAGCGCCUUACCCUGGUUCUGUCUUACAGAAUGGAGCAGUAACAGCACAGCCGGCACUGUCUGUCUUUUGACUUUGCUGAUUUCACUCACUAUAGAAAAUCCAGAGUUUUAUAUUGUAUUUGACAUUGUUGUGAGAAAAGAAUGACAGUAAUAUGUAGUGGCGUAAUUUAAAAAUUAAUUCAUCUACAGAUCAGGUGUCUCAGGCACUUCUUUCUGAACAACAUUAUAAUAAAGGAGGUGAAAAGUAGUGACACUCACUUUGCUCUGGGUAGUACUUUCAGAAAGCAGUGGAAAAGAGAGUGGUUAGCAGAGGGGCUGGCUGAGCUGUUUGCCAGCCGCCGUUUACAGGAGUGAGUAACUCACUGAAUGUGCCCUGUCUCAUCUGCUGAAGAGGGGUGGCAGAAGGGAGAGGUGCAGGUGCUGACAUACGUACACACAUAAGUACUUCACCGAGGAUCUCCCACAUGGCUUUCUCAGCUGUAGAGAUCCAGCCUCGAGGAAUCAGAGUGCAGACAAGAAUCUAGUUUCUUCUUUCACUCUUUGGUGCUGAUUCUUUUUCUCCUUAACAUUUGUAAGCUGUAUCACUUAAAUAGCAUUUUAUAUCAUGUUGAGAUUUAGUAGAUGUAAGGCUUGUAAGCACUCCACAAAUUAAUUUCUUACAACUACUGGAAGCAUAUUGCCAUAUAAUGUUAACAACUUGGCAACAGGAGCACCAUUUAAUUUCCCACAACUCUUUUUUCUUUCCUUAUUAUUACAGAAAUGUCAGUUGAACAAGUGAUUCUGGACGGCUGCUCAGGAUUCUUAAGAGGAUUUGACAUUACAUUUACAUGAGUAGAGAUAGAAAACAAGCAGGCACAGUGGUAAUAACAGGGUGGGGCCGUCUGUUGUAAUGCAUGCUCGUAACAAAGGAUCUGAACAAAUUAUAUUUAUCGUAUCAUAUCAGAGAAUGGGAAACUGAAGCAUCUAUUACCAUUUUAAACUACCUUCUGGGGAAAGUUCUGCAGGCAGCCACCAGUAAAUGCAGCCUAGUUGGCUUUGGCGUGUUGGAUAAGAGUGGUGUUUGUCAGGAAGGAAGAAAAUUGCUAGCCUUGAUUAUAGUAGCAUUUCCACCAGCUCAGUACCGUUUCAAAGACUGUAGCAAACUUUAUCUGCUUCAGGGGAGUAAAGCCUUCUGUAGACACUUACAAUAGCUACUGCCCUCAAUAGUAACUUCUUUUUUGCUUCCAUAGUUUGGUGGCACUUUAUGUCCAGGUGGAAAGUUUGUAUAGUGUUGUGUGACUUGUCUGGUUUCUUUAAGGUUUUUGAGGUGAUCAGUGUUAAAAGAUACUCUUGUGGAUAAAUGCCUAUUCUCUUAGAAGCCCUGCCAAGGUGCUGCUGGCUUCACUUCUGUACAACGAGGUCUGCAGGUUUGUUGCACGUGCAUGAGUGGAGAUUUGAGGGGUUACACCAUUUUGGCUGUCCUAGUUGAAAGAGGUGAAGGCUGCAAGAGAGAAUUAACUGUUUUAAUCUCCUUUGUGCCACAGGCCAUCAGGAUUGUACCUACACCUGCCUUUUUUUCCCCAUAAACAGCUCUCCUUGCUUCUGUGAAACUGUUGCAUUAUAUGCGGCAGUAGCAUCUUGGACAUUUUGCCCCGAACCACAUACGCAAUGUAGAGGUGCAGCUACAAAACCAAAGCUCCAUUUAAUUGCUUCCUAAGAAGCAGUUAUGCAAUCGUGAUUGACAGAUGUCUCAUCAGAAGUGGCAGCUUACAGGCAGCAGAAUGACACUAGAGGUGUGUCAGAUGGGUGUCAGGAGAGCAGUUUCUAGAUUAAUUCAAUCUGUUCUUUGAUUUUUAUACUUCAUUUACAUAGCUCCGAGUUCUUACUAAGCACAGUUACUGGUGUCUUCGUGUGUCCUGUUGCUGGUGGAGAGGAAAGAAUGAUCACGCAUAAAGGUCCUCAGAAAUGCAGUUGCAGUGUCAAUUGCUGGAUAAUAAAGCUAAGAGUUUUGCUGAAUUACUACAGUAUUUUGUUCGCUAAAUUAAUUUCAUUCCUGGGAAGGAGGCUGUUUUGUAAGGAUUUCAGUAAAUCAGGAGUACUUAUUAAAUGUAGGAACGGAUCCUACUCCCACUGAAUUCAAUUACAGCAGAUUUGAAGCUCUAGUGUAUUUUACAAACAAUAUUACAGCAUUUUUAUGCAUCUGAAAGCAAGGAUGAUGGUGAUGUUAUACUGCAAAUGCAGUUUCCAGAGAAUGAAACCUGACACUGGUUUCCAAACAACUUGUGAGCUGUUCUUGUUAUCCUGAGUAGAUGUGUGCAAUUAAAUUUGUUUGAUGCGUCUAAUUGAACAUUAACAUUGAAAGAUGAUGUAAAUGUCAUUGUUUCUCUCUUAACUUUUUGUAGGACAAGGAGAGUUUACAGUGGUUUCCUUGCUUUAAACUAAAUUCUUUGACAAUCACAAGGCUAUUUUUCUCUUCUUUGUGACUUAUUUUUAUUUUAAAUAAUGUUAAAUCUACUUGUUAUCCAAGAGUACCUAAAACUAACUUUGUAGUGGUUAUUUGUAUUACCUGGAUUGUAAUGUAACUGUUUAAUGUAAACACAUAGGAUUUCAUACUUUCAUAAAAUGAAUUGGUAGAUUUGCAAAAUAAAUUAAAAACAAAAGCCUCG